AUGCCUUUCAGUCGUUAUGUCGAGAAUUUCUCCCGCUUCUUCACUGAUCGAUACGGACAAGGCCGUGAUGAGGAGGGCCGGACUCUGCAGGAGAGUUUGACACAGCUACACCGCCUCAUCCAAGCAGGUCGAAUUCAUCCAGGAAUUCUUGAAGAAGCAAGUAGAUCCGACUUUUUGAAUGGAUCUCGAAGAGCUCCACCUGAAUUGAGCAGCCCUCCUGCUCCCGGGGGUGCGCAACGAAGGAGACAUACCUUCGAGGGGCCCACUCCUACCGAGGGUCCUGGCGAGCGACACCAAGCCCCUUUUCCUACCAACGAUGAGUACUACGAUAAUCAAGAUUACUCUGAUGACGUUUAUGGGGACUUUGAUAAUGACAACUAUGACUACGACAGUGAAGAGGGACCGCCACCUCAUACCUUCCGACGCAAUGUGACAAACCCCUCCAGAGAACCGGUCAGAAGCGCAACUUGGUCUUUCGGCAUCGGACCAGAAAGCUCAGUCAAUCCAGGUCUAGAUGGUUCGAUACGUAUCACACCAUCCAUGACUUCGAACGGGCAGUUUUUCCAACAAGGUGACUCACACCGACAUCAUGUCAACCUGCCACCUGGAUUCGGAGAUGGCUAUGGCCAGUCACGACCCUUUGCGGGAAGGGGUUACAUGCGUGCGGCCAACAACCCCAGAUACUUUGGUGGUGGCUAG